CUAUGAUUUCUGGAAACACUAAUUCACACCGAUUUUUCGGAAGAGAUUAUUUUUGCCAUCUCCAUCUCAUCCUUAGUCAUCAAUUUGCAGCAUUGUCUGUCUGCUUCAUCAGUCUGAAUUCUACCCUCUGCUCUUUUUCCAUGCGUUUAUGAACUGUCAAAGCUCCGUUUGCCAGGAUAUCCAAUUUUGGUUUGUGGGUCCCUUCUGUGAUGGUUGCACAUCUCCUGGAAUGCCUAUGAGGUGGUGCCAGGGUUCGAGAGAGUGCGAAUUGCAGCUGCUGCAUGGUCAGACUCUGUGAUUCCUUGUUCAUUGUCUAGUGAGAGUUGAGGAAAGGUGGCGAUGGAGUGUCUUGUCGGUCGUGGCGCUGUGUGUUGUAGUGGCGUCGGUAUCGGGACAUCUGUAGCGGCAGAGAGACAACACAGGAGCGGUGCCAAGGAAUGCGUGCUUUUCAAAACAAAGAAGAACAGGCAUUUGAAGCAGUUUGUAAAUGGAGCUUCUAUUGGUGAUUAUGCUCGGAAAUCUUUUCGACCUGUUAUUUCAUGCCAAGCUGCGAAGACAGCGGUGAAUGCAACAGCUAUUGAAGACCAAGAGUCUACCCCAGGACGAUCUCAAUUUCUGGAGGCUGCGCAACGAGGAAACCUGGUGCCGGUGUAUCGGCGCAUAUUCGCUGAUCAUCUCACACCAGUAUUGGCGUACCGGUGCUUAGUGAAAGAGGAUGACAGAGAAGCUCCGUCCUUUCUCUUUGAGUCCGUUGAAAAUGGAAAAAGCAUCAAUAUGGGGAGAUAUAGUAUGGUCGGAGCUCAGCCCUCAAUGGAGAUCAUCGCGAAAGAGGAUCGCAUCACCAUAUUGAAUCACGAGGAAGGUACCCGUGUAGAGAAACAAUCUGACAAUCCCCUGAACGAGCCUCAAGAAAUUGCAUCAAAGUGGAACCCAGUGAAGUUCGACAGUCUUCCGGAUGUUUUCUGUGGAGGAUGGGUUGGGUACUUUUCAUAUGACACUGUGAGGUAUGUGGAGAAAAAGAAGUUGCCCUUUUCUUCAGCACCUAUAGAUGACCGAGGUUUACCUGACAUCCACCUAGGGCUUUACAACGAUGUACUGGUUUUUGAUCAUGUGACUAAGUUAGUGUAUGUAUUACAUUGGGUUCAUGUGGACCGGUUCGAUAACCCUGAGUCCGCUUAUGAGGACGGGUGUAAAAGACUUGAUCUUUUGGUGGCUCGCCUACAAACCCCUGGAAGGGUCAAACUUUCAAGUGGAUCGGUGGAAUUGUCCAUUGAACAAUAUGGCCAGAGAACAGCUAAAUCAAAUUAUACUCCCGAGCAAUUUAAGAAUUCUAUUUCGCUAGUGAAGGAGCACAUAUUGGCAGGUGACAUUUUCCAACUGGUCCUCAGCCAGAGGUUUGAGAGACGAACAUUUGCAGACCCUUUUGAGGUUUACAGGGCUCUGCGUAUCGUAAAUCCUAGUCCAUACAUGAUCUACCUUCAGGCGCGGGGUGCCAUAAUGGUGGCGUCUAGUCCAGAGAUACUUACCCGUAUUGCUGAGGGGACUGUGGUGAACAGGCCACUAGCAGGAACACGCAGGCGAGGGAAGACGCCAGAGGAAGACAUGGCUCUGGAGAGAGAUUUAUUAGCAGACGAGAAGGAAUGUGCGGAGCACGUCAUGCUUGUGGAUCUAGGUCGCAAUGAUGUUGGAAAGGUUUCCAAGGCAGGCACGGUGAAGGUUGAAAAAUUGAUGGAGGUGGAGCGGUAUUCACAUGUGAUGCACAUCAGCUCCACGGUGACAGGAGAGCUAUUAGACGAGCUUUCUAGUUGGGAUGCACUACGGGCAGCAUUGCCAGUCGGCACUGUCAGCGGAGCUCCCAAGGUGAGGGCGAUGGAGCUGAUUGACGAGUUAGAGCCAACUAGAAGAGGCCCUUACAGUGGUGGCAUUGGCGGCGUGUCUUUCACUGGGCAGAUGGACAUUGCAUUAGCUCUACGUACAAUGGUGUUCCCGACGCAAAGAAACGACGCUAUGUAUUCGUACAAACAGGCGAACAGCCGCAGAGAAUGGGUUGUUCACCUACAGGCUGGUGCUGGAAUAGUCGCGGAUAGUGAUCCCGAGAGCGAGUACCAGGAGACGGUGAACAAGGCUGCUGGGCUUGCUCGUGCAAUUGAUCUUGCAGAAUCUGCUUUUGUGAAGACCGACACUUGAACGAUCAUCAUAGCUUCAUUUUUGUCACAGAAAAUGUGUUGCUCUCCAUAGAUUCAAUUAUGAACUCUGCGAGAUAUCUGUCACAAUGCUAAGAAUUCAUUUUUGUGACCCAAGGUUUGUCAAACAGUUUGGGAGAUUACUAAGAUCAGGGAUGAAAUAGCUACUUGCGAUUGGAAUCUUUUGAAGUGAAUUUGUACAACGGAUAUGAUAGUUGGAAAUGCAGCAGAAAUCGGUAGAAGUGGCCGCGUAUGAUUUACUAUACCAUCGUGGGGUUCUAUUGUUAGUAGCAGCUUUCAUCUUUUAUUAAAGACGCAUGAAAAUUUGAUUUUUCUUCAGAUUA